AAUAGCUUUAGAAGUGAGAUUUUGUACGUGCUUGAAAGUUUAGUAGUGUUUCUUCAAACCAGCUAUUCUUGUCUUACACGCUUUCUUUUCCAAUAUAAAACGUAUAGGUAUACAAUUAAAGCUGGAUGCUGAAUAAUUGCAAUAGGACAUGAAUUUCUUUCCCACAGCAGUCAUGGCAACAGAAGAGAAGAAACCAGACAGUGAAGUAAAUAAGAUACAAUCAUCAGUACCAACCACCAAGCCUACACCAGUGAAGCCAAACUAUACUUUGAAGUUCACAUUGGCUGGUCACACAAAAGCUAUAUCCUCUGUAAAGUUUAGCUCAAAUGGAGAAUGGCUGGCUAGCGCAUCGGCCGACAAACUCAUCAAAAUAUGGGGCGCAUAUGAUGGGAAAUUUGAAAAAUCUCUCUCUGGGCAUAAACUUGGUAUAUCAGAUGUAUCAUGGUCCUCAGACUCCAAUCUUUUGGUUUCUGCAUCAGAUGACAAGACGCUUAAAAUUUGGGACAUGGGCUCUGGAAAAUGUCUGAAGACACUGAAAGGCCACAGCAACUAUGUGUUUUGCUGUAACUUCAACCCCCAGUCAAAUCUGGUUGUGUCUGGAUCAUUUGAUGAGAGUGUGCGGAUUUGGGAUGUCAAGACCGGGAAAUGUCUGAAGACCCUCCCGGCACACUCUGAUCCUGUAUCUGCUGUUCAUUUUAAUAGAGAUGGAUCUCUCAUAGUGUCCAGUAGCUAUGAUGGUCUCUGUCGAAUGUGGGACUCCACUUCAGGACAAUGUCUGAAGACACUUAUUGAUGAUGACAACCCACCUGUCUCAUUUGUCAAGUUUUCACCCAAUGGGAAAUACAUAUUGGCUGCAACACUGGAUAACACUUUAAAACUCUGGGACUACAGUAAAGGAAAGUGUCUGAAAACGUACACAGGCCAUAAGAAUGAGAAGUACUGUGUGUUUGCCAAUUUUUCUGUCACUGGUGGCAAGUGGAUUGUCUCAGGCUCUGAAGACCACAUGGUGUACAUCUGGAACCUACAGACCAAAGAAAUAGUGCAGAAAUUACAGGGGCAUGCAGAUGUAGUGAUUGCGACUGCGUGUCAUCCUACGGAAAACAUCAUAGCAUCAGCAGCUCUGGAGAGCGACAAGACCAUCAAACUGUGGAAGAGUGAUUGCUAAGGCAGAGGAGCACUUAAUAGCCUUUUGUCAGCAAAGUCUGGCCUCUCAGGGGUUUUGUAAAGAAUAUACUGUAUUGUUUAUGAGGGUUUAAGUAGUUCAAUAGUGCAGCGUUAACUGAGAGAUGGGCUGGCCCCGUCUGCUCAGAAUAUUAACAGUCCACCACAACGCAUUGGUCCCCGUUUAUGUAUUAUUAUGUUUAUGUAUUCUAUUCAUUUAUGUAUUCUAUUCUCCUUACAGUCUUUGUGUUAAUUCAGGAUAAACUGUGCGUGUGCAUGUGUGUGUAUGAUAUGGAAAUUAAGCAUCCCACUGUGUUGAGUGGACUCUACUGCUUUAGCAUUGUUAGUGCUACUUUUGAAGCUUUUCUUUUUUUUUUGCUUGAAGGAUCUCUACUUAAACUAUUGAAAUACUUUUGUACCUUUUCUCAGGCAAUGAAUAGCUAGCUGCCUAAUUUAAGUACCUAUUGUUAACAGAUGCUUUUAGACCAAAGUGUGUCCUGUGCCUUGAUCUGGAUUCCCUUAGGCACUUAACAAAUGGGAUUAAAAGACUAAUCUUGUCUUUAUUUUAUUUUUCAUUUAUUCCUAGGUUUUAGCUUUGUAGCACCAAUGAGAAGAUAAUGUUCAUUUUUGCUAUAUUGCACUUAAUAUAUUAAUAUUAUAUUAAUGGAUAUAAUAUUAAUAUUAUAAUAUUAAUAUUAUAACUCAGGCACUUAUAUAAGAAUGUUUGGAUUGUUAAUUUGCUGUGUUUUUAAGUAGUCUGUUUGAGUAUUCCACCAAUAUCUGCCUUGUGUGUAAAUAGAAAAAAAGUAAAAUAAGACAUAAAAUUGUAGAAUAUGUCUAUUCUAUUUGUUAUCUGUUUGUUAUCUAUUUAUAUGAAGAUUUUUUUUUUUUUGUUGUCUUUGUUUAGAACCAGUCUUUCUCUAGUAUUCUAAUGACAACAUGGUGUUUGGAAUUGAGAAUUUAAUAGUUCUUUGAACAAUAAACAUUGUAUGAUAGGACAACACAUUUAAUCCACUCUCAUUUUACAAGUGUAUAAAAAAGGAUUUUCUGCCAUUUCCAGGCAAAGCCCAAUGAAACAAUAAAAAAAAA